AGUGGCCGUUUGGUGUUGAAUGUUCCCUACCAAGAGUGCAUGGCUGCGGAACCGAGGCGCAGACCCGGGCCCCGAGGGGUCGCCCUCUGGGAAGCGGUGAUGCUGUUGUUGUACCUGGAAGUGCCUGCGGGGUACCCCUACAACCUGGACCCCGAGAGCGCGCUGCUGUACCAGGGCCCCUCCGGCACUCUGUUUGGCUACUCGGUGGUGCUGCACAGCCACGGGGAAAAGCGCUGGCUCAUCGCGGGGGCGCCCACUGCCAGCUGGCUCUCCAAUGCCUCAGUGGUCAAUCCUGGGGCGAUUUACAGAUGCAGGAUCGGAGAGAAUCCAGGCCAGACCUGCGAACAGCUCCAGCUGGGUAGCCCCAUUGGAGAGCCCUGUGGAAGGACAUGCUUGGAAGAGAGAGAUAAUCAGUGGUUGGGGGUAACACUUUCCAGACAGCCAGGUGAAAAUGGAUCUAUUGUGACUUGUGGGCAUAGGUGGAAAAAUGUAUUUUACAUGAAGAAUGAUAAUAAGCUCCCCAUUGGUAUUUGCUACGGGAUGCCUCCCGAUUUGCGAACAGAACUGAGUAAAAGGAUGGCCCCAUGUUAUCAAGAUUUUGUGAGAAAAUUUGGAGAAAAAUUUGCAUCAUGUCAAGCUGGAAUAUCUAGUUUUUACACACAGGAUUUAAUUGUGAUGGGGGCUCCAGGAUCAUCUUACUGGACUGGUUCUGUCUUUGUCUACAAUAUAACUACGAACAUAUACAAGGCGUUUGUAGACAGAAAAAAUCAAGUAAAAUUUGGAAGUUACUUAGGCUACUCAGUUGGGGCUGGUCAUUUUCGAAGUCUACAUACUACUGAAAUCGUGGGAGGAGCCCCUCAACAUGAACAGAUAGGAAAAGCAUAUAUAUUCAGCAUCGAUGAAAGGGAACUGACCAUCGUACAUGAAAUGAAAGGUAAAAAGCUUGGCUCGUACUUUGGAGCUUCUAUCUGUGCGGUGGACCUCAAUGCAGAUGGCUUCUCCGAUCUCCUUGUGGGGGCUCCCAUGCAGAGCACCAUCAGAGAGGAAGGGAGAGUAUUCGUGUACAUCAACUCUGGCCUGGGAGCUGUAAUGGAUGAAAUGGAAUCAGCGCUCAUCGGAGGUGACAAAUAUGCCGCAAGAUUUGGGGAGUCCAUAGCAAGUCUUGGUGACAUUGAUAAUGAUGGCUUUGAAGAUGUUGCUAUUGGUGCACCACAGGAAGAUGAUUUGCGAGGUGCUAUCUACAUUUACAAUGGCCGAGCAGAUGGGAUCUCAUCCACCUACUCACAGCGAAUUGAAGGACUUCAAAUCAGUGAAUCACUAAGGAUGUUUGGACAAUCUAUCUCAGGAAAAAUUGAUGCAGAUAACAAUGGAUAUGUUGAUGUAGCAGUUGGUGCUUUUCGGUCUGAUUCUGCAGUGUUGCUAAGGACAAGGCCUGUAGUGAUUGUUGAAGCAUCUUUAAGCCAUCCCGAGUCAGUAAAUAGAACGAAGUUGGACUGCACUGAGAAUGGACUUCCCUCUGUGUGCAUGGAUCUAACACUCUGCUUCUCAUAUAAGGGCAAAGAGGUCCCAGGCUACAUCACUUUGUUUUACAACGUGAGCUUGGAUGUGCACAGAAAGGCAGAGUCUCCAUCGAGAUUUUACUUCUUCUCCAAUGGCACUUCUGACACAAUCACAGGGAGCAUACGAGUGUACAGCAGUGGAGAGAAAUGUAGGACACACCAGGCAUUCAUGCGGAAAGAUGUGCGAGACAUCCUCACUCCUGUUCAGGUUGAGGCCACUUAUCACCUUGGGCAUCAUGUGCUCACCAAACGAAACACAGAAGAGUUCCCGCCACUUCAGCCAAUCCUCCAGCAGAAGAAAGAAAAGGAUGUGAUUAGAAAAACGAUAAACUUUGCAAGAUUUUGUGCCCAUGAAAAUUGUUCUGCUGAUCUUCAAGUUUCUGCAAGAAUUGGAUUUUUGAAGCCAUAUGAAAAUAAAACCUAUCUUGCUGUUGGGAGCAUGAAGACCAUAAUGCUAAAUGUGUCUGUGUUCAAUGCUGGAGAUGAUGCUUAUGAAACAACCCUGAACAUCCAACUCCCCACAGGCCUAUAUUUCAUUAAAAUCUUAGAACUGGAAGAGAAACAAAUAAACUGUGAGGUGAAAGAGAGCUCUGGCAUGGUGAAACUUGCCUGCAGCCUUGGCUACAUAUAUGUGGAUCGUCUCUCAAGAGUAGAUAUUAGCUUUCUCCUGGAUGUGAGCUCACUCAGCCGGGCAGAUGAGGACCUCAGCAUCAUUGUGCAGGCCUCCUGUGAAAAUGAAGGAGAAAUGGACAAGGUGAAGGAUAACAAAGUGACAUUAGCAAUACCUCUAAGGUAUGAAGUUAUGCUGACUGUUCACGGGUUUGUGAACCCAACCUCAUUUGUGUAUGGAUCAAGUGAAGAGAAUGAGCCAGAAACAUGCCUGGCAGAGAAGCUGAACUUCACUUUCCACGUUAUAAACACUGGCAUUAGCAUGGCUCCAAACGUUAGUGUGGAAAUAAUGGUACCCAAUUCUUUUCUCCCUCAAACUGAUAAGCUCUUCAACGUUUUAGAUGUUCAGGCAACUACUGGGCAAUGCCAUUUUAAACACUAUGGAAGAGAGUGUGCAUCCGGACAGCAAAAUGGUGUAGCAGAGACCUUGACAGACAUACUCAAAUUCUUCUCAAAGACUGAUAAGAGACUCUUGUAUUGCAUGAAAGUCGAUCUACACUGUUUAAAUUUCUUAUGCAAUUUUGGGAAAAUGGAAAGUGGGAAAGAAGCCAGCGUUCACAUCCAGCUGGAAGGUCGGCCAUCCCUCUUGGAAAUGGAUGAGACUUCAUCACUCAAGUUUGAAAUAAAAGCAACAGCGUUUCCAGAGCCACACCCAAAAGUCAUUGAGCUAAAUAAGGAUGAGAACAUUGCCCAUGUUCUCUUGGAAGGGCUUCAUCACCAAAGACCCAAAUGGCAUUUCACCAUUGUGAUCAUUACCAGCAGCUUGCUGCUUGGACUUAUUGUACUUUUACUAAUUUCAUGUGUUAUGUGGAAGGCUGGGUUCUUUAAAAGGCAGUACAAAUCUAUUCUACAAGAAGAAAAUAGGAGAGACAGCUGGAGUUAUGUCAACAGCAAAAACAACGAUGAUUGAAGACUUUUAAAUUAAGAGAACUGAACAAAGACUCAGGUAGGUUAGGGAAAGAUCCUGUUCAUAAGACCCAGGAUAAUUUCUCUUUUUCCAUGUACUUGUGACAUACUAUGUCUUAAUGCAGGGAAUAAAUAUCUCCAAGAAAGAAAAUACAGAAAGGCUGCUUUCCAGCAGUCAAAUGGAUCAGUAGAGAAAAACACUAAAGCUCUUGACUUACUCAAGAGAAGUGAACUUCUGAAGAUGACUUGAAAGAAACUCCAGAUUAAGCCAGAUGGACUUAAAAGGAAUAGUCUUUCAAGGAGAUAUUGACUACACGUGCCCACGUCAGUGAAAUAAAUGCUACAUAAUGGGCACUUGUUGGUUUCAAAUACAUCUUUGAGACAUUUUCAAAGUAUGAUGAUGAUCUUUGAAGCCAUUUAGAGUUUUUCAAAAAGCUGGUUCCAGAUUUUCUAAUGGAUACAUCAUUUUACAACAGUGGAUUUGAAGAUUUUCAUUGGUGGCACAUCAUCAUUGGGCUGUGUCCCUAUGGCCCUUUUAUUCAGCAGAUACAAAUUUUUAAUGCCUGGUGAACAAUAUCGAUGCAGAGCAGGAUGGCUUCUGGACAAGUGUGGCUCCUGGACAAGCGGCCCCCUCUGGACUUGUUUUUGCAUGUAUAUACACUUUUCUAAAAGAGACAAUUAUCACUCUACUUUUUUCUUUUAUCAAGAGUGCCCAGGAAUAUUUUUUUCAAAAUUUUAUUUGUAAAACCAAUUCUUAAGAAUUUUAUCCUCAUAACAGAUUAUAAAUAUUGCACUUUAGCCUUUACAUGCUGAUAUAAUAUGAACUCAUUAGUGAUUUAAAACUGCAAAGAAAGAUUAGGGAACCAAUAUUUCAUAAAACAUUCACUAUUUCAAAUUAAGCAAACAUGAAUAUCUACUAGGAUGUUGUUGUUUUUCUUUUUCUGGUUAAGUAUAUAUAUUAACCAGGACUGUUAAAAAAAAAAAAAAAAAAAAAAAAAAAAAAAAAAAAAAAAAAAAAAAAAAAACAGUGUUAUACAUAUGGAGAAACAAGUUCAUAGACUGAACUGCAAGUCACCAAUGAAGCUUGUAUGCAGUAACAUAAUAAAUGUGACAUCAAAUUUC